GAAAGUGCACUAGGGGGCGCAACAAAUCCGGAAAAGGAAACAGCCAUUCAUUUUAGCAGCGGCUGUUUCCUCUCAUAUGUCUCGCUCUGUGCAUUAAUGGACAAUAAAAAGAAAUAAAAAUGGCAGCUGUUAACAAGUAUGCCACAGCCGAAAAUCAAGCUGGUGGUGACUGGAGAUGAUUUUGGAUACUGUCCCAGGCGGAACCGGGGGAUAGUGGACUGCUUCCUGGCUGGGGCUAUUUCCAACGUGUCGCUGUUGGUCAACUCCAGCUCAGCUAAAGAUGCGGCGGAGUUGGCGAUCAGACACUGCAUUCCCAUUGGCCUUCACGCCAACCUGUCCGAGGGCGUCCCCGUUUGCCAGAAGCUCAGGCGGGACUCCACACUUGUCAAUGAUGAUGGGUUGUUCCAUGGUAAGAUGGGUUUCCGGAAAGUUCUACAGAAUGGCCACCUAAGCAUGGCUGAGGUGGAGUUGGAACUCCAGGCUCAAGUGAAGUUGUUCUGUGAUUUGUUGGGGCAUCUGCCCUCCCACAUGGACGGCCACCAGCAUGUCCAUGUGCUGCCAGAGGUGAGGGAUGUGUUUGCCAGGGUGCUGUCGGAAUACGGCAUUCCCUUCACGCGUGUCCCGGUGGAGCCCGGCCUCCAGUCCUGCUCCUGGCUCCCGCUGCCCCUGCAUGAGUUCUACACGCAGGUGGAGAAGGACGCAUGGGACUCGUCCACAGUUUUCCGUGCACAUGGGAUCAGGUGGCCUGAUGUCUACUUGGGCUUGACCACAAUGGGGGAGAACAUGUCUGUCAGCAGCAUCAAGAGGGCCAUUGGAAAGGCGCUGGCAGCCUCGCAGCCCGAGAGCCCCCUUGCCGUACCCCAGUGUGACACAGUGCAAGGGCCACAGGGCCCUGUCACAGUGGAGCUGAUGGUGCAUCCCGGCUACCCCAGUGACCCCCAGCAAGGGGGUUGCGGCCAGGGCCCAGACAGCUUCUCACAGUCUGCAGAGAGGCAGCACGAGCUGGAGACCCUGAUGGACCCCCAGCUGUUUGCAUUCUACAAGCAGGAGCAAAUCCAGCUGUGUGCAUUUAAGGACCUCUAGACCAGUUCUCUUCCAGGGCCAACUGCAAAAUAAGCCUUAAAUGUUUCUUCUCAGAUGGGAUCUGUCUUUCUCUACCCAUAAGAAAGCAUUUGACACUAUGGUUAUGAAGAUGCUUUAAACUUUAAACCCCAGAUUUCUACAUUUAUAGGUUAUAUAAAAUUAAGUAGGGUUAAAAUGGAGAAAUACAGUUGUUAUGAAAUAUUUAUAAGAAUUAACUGUAUUUUUGAGUAUAUAGUGUAUAUAUAAUAACUUAGGAAAUGUAAAUGCUUCAGUUUUAAAGAGACUAUUUUUAAUGUAUUUAUGAAGUGCUGAAGUUUAAAUUCCACAAUCACAACUGGCAACUGAACUUUAUAAAAUAGAUUAAUUGAUGAGCAUGCUAUAUUUGCUAUCACUGCUAAUGCUCAAAUGGAGAAAGUGAACUUUAACUGAACUGAUAAAUGGAAGAGAUAAGAGAUUCUGAUAAUCAUCUGUUAAUGACUUGCAUUAAAAUACUGUCAGAUUGAACAUUUGCUCUCUGGCAGUCCUGUAGUCUGCCUCAUCUCAAAAAGGAAUAUGGUUAAGUUUGGGGUUCCUGUACUAGCCCAAGCAGUUUACUCAAGUUAUGUUAGUGGAUAGUGUAGUAAUAGUUUAGGUUAACACCAUUUACAUAUGGUGCAGACACCACCCUCAUUCUAUUUAUUUAAAAGCAUCAAUUUCCUGGAUUGACCAAGGGUCCAAAUGAGGAACUGUCAUCAUUAAACAUGGACAAUUAAAAUGUA